CAACAAUUGUGCUGUACUCGACCUGCUCAGCAAUGUUUAGGAGGAGUUUGUAAGAUUCUUUAUUUGUAAUGCUUUCAUGCAGUCACAAGCAACGCCAGCCCUUUUUUCAACCCAUCCCUUCACUGAGCUGAGGUCAUUCCAAAGUUUCCACCCCAUUGCUGUGGGUCUGAAGUCACAUGCAGGCCAGACCAGAUGUUUCAGCUACGAGUUGUAAAAGGGGGCUUCAGCUUCCUGGGGGUCAGGCGGAUGGCUGUGCUGAAUGCUGCUCAUCGAAGCACUCAACACAAGGAUUACAAGCCCAUCAAGAAGGUGAUGGUAGCUAACAGAGGUGAGAUAGCGACCAGAGUGUUUCGAGCCUGCACUGAGCUCGGGAUCCGCACUGUGGCGGUUUACUCGGAACAGGACACCGGGCAGAUGCACAGGCAGAAGGCCGAUGAAGCAUACCUGAUCGGGAAGGGCCUUCCCCCUGUCCAGGCUUACCUGCACAUUCCUGACAUCAUCAAAGUAGCCAAGGACAAUGAAGUGGACGCUAUUCAUCCAGGCUAUGGAUUCCUGUCCGAGAGAGCGGACUUUGCACAGGCCUGUGCCGAUGCAGGAGUACGCUUCAUUGGACCCAGCCCCGAGGUCGUGCGGAGAAUGGGUGACAAAGUUGAGGCACGUGCCAUUGCUAUUGAUGCUGGUGUGCCUGUUGUACCAGGCACUUUAACGCCCAUUACAUCACUGACAGAGGCCCAAGAAUUUGCUAACACCUAUGGCUACCCGAUCAUCUUUAAAGCUGCUUAUGGAGGUGGUGGCAGAGGAAUGAGAGUGGUCCGUAGCUAUGAGGAGUUGGAGGAGAACUACCAGCGAGCUUUCUCUGAAGCGCUGUCCGCAUUUGGGAAUGGAGCCCUGUUCAUUGAGCGGUUCAUCGAGAGGCCCAGGCACAUCGAGGUCCAGAUACUUGGUGAUAAAUAUGGCAACGUGAUCCACUUGUACGAGAGAGACUGCUCCAUCCAGCGGCGUCACCAGAAGGUUGUAGAGAUUGCUCCCGCUGCUCACCUGGACCAGCAUCUCCGAGACCGGCUCACCUCCGACGCUGUCAAGCUGGCCAAGCGGGUGGGUUAUGAGAAUGCUGGCACAGUGGAAUUUCUUGUCGACAAGCAAGACAAGUACUUUUUCAUCGAGGUCAACUCCAGGCUGCAAGUGGAGCACACCGUGACUGAAGAAAUCACUGACGUUGACCUCGUCCACGCCCAGAUACACGUGACCGAGGGCAAGAGUUUGCCCGAUCUCGGCCUCAAGCAAGAAAACAUCCGCAUCAACGGCAGCGCCAUACAGUGUCGCGUUACAACCGAAGAUCCGGCACGUGGCUUCCAACCAGACACCGGUCGUAUUGAGGUCUUCCGCAGCGGGGAAGGGAUGGGAAUCCGCUUGGACACCGCCUCAGCCUUCCAGGGAGCGCUGAUCUCGCCGCACUACGACUCGCUGCUGGUCAAGGUGAUCGCCCACGGCAAGGACCACCCCACCGCCGCGUCCAAGCUGAACCGGGCCCUGGCCGAGUUCCGGAUCCGCGGGGUCAAGACGAACAUCCCGUUCCUGCAGAAUGUGCUCAGCAACGACCAGUUCCUGUACGGUGCUGUGGACACUCAGUUCAUCGACGAGAAUCCCGACCUCAUCCUCAUGAGGCCGGUACAGAACCGGGCACAGAAACUGCUCCAUUUCCUGGGUCACAUUAUGGUUAACGGACCAAUAACCCCCAUUCCAGUGAAAGCGAAACCUUCAACUGUGGAUCCUAUAAUUCCUCAGGUCCCCUUGGGCGAACCCCCGGCAGGCUUCCGGGAGAUCCUCCUGAGGGAAGGCCCGGAGCGCUUUGCGAAGGCCAUCAGGAGCCACAAGGGCCUGCUGCUGAUGGACACCACCUUCCGGGACGCCCACCAGUCGCUGCUCGCCACCCGGGUUCGCACACAUGACCUGAAGAACAUCUCGCCCUUCGUGGCCCACCGUUUCAGCCCGCUGUUCAGCAUCGAGAACUGGGGAGGUGCCACAUUUGACGUGGCGAUGCGCUUCCUCUACGAGUGUCCCUGGAAACGCCUGCAGGAGAUGCGAGACCUGAUUCCCAACAUCCCCUUCCAGAUGCUCCUGAGGGGCGCCAACGCCGUGGGUUACACCAAUUACCCGGACAACGCAGUGCACAAGUUCUGCGAAAUAGCCAAGGAGAACGGGAUGGACAUCUUCCGCGUGUUCGACUCCCUGAACUACCUGCCGAACAUGAUCCUGGGCAUGGAGGCAGCAGGGAACGCCGGCGGUGUGGUGGAGGCCUCCAUCUCCUACACUGGGGAUGUCUGUGACCCCAACAGAACCAAGUACUCACUGGAUUACUACCUGAAGCUGGCCGAUGAACUGGUCAAGGCCGGUACGCACAUCCUCAGCAUCAAGGACAUGGCGGGGUUGCUGAAGCCGAACUCUGCGGCCUUGCUGAUCGGGGCGCUGCGGGACCGCUUCCCGGAGAUGCCGCUGCACGUGCACACCCACGACACCGCGGGCGCCGGUGUGGCGUCCAUGUUAGCCGCCGCCGAGGCUGGAGCCGACGUGGUGGAUGUUGCCGCGGACUCCAUGUCCGGGAUGACCUCCCAGCCCAGCAUGGGCGCCAUCGUGGCCUGUGCCAAGGGCACCAACCUGGACACAGGUAUCGCACUCCAGGACGUCUACGAUUACAAUGAAUACUGGGAAAUGACGCGCCAGCUGUAUGCCCCGUUCGACUGCACCGCCACCAUGAAAUCCGGCAACGCCGACGUGUACGAGAACGAGAUUCCUGGGGGACAGUACACCAACCUCCACUUCCAGGCCCACAGCAUGGGCCUGGGCAACAAAUUCAAAGCUGUGAAGAAAGCCUACACUGAGGCCAACAAGCUCCUGGGAGACCUGAUCAAGGUGACGCCCUCGUCGAAGAUCGUGGGGGACCUGGCGCAGUUCAUGGUGCAGAACAACCUGACGGCAGAGGACGUGGCGCAGGAUGCUGAGGAGCUCUCCUUCCCCCAGUCGCUGGUGGAGUUCCUGCAGGGCUACAUCGGCAUUCCGCACGGAGGCUUCCCCGAGCCGUUCCGCAGCAAGGUGCUGAAGGACCUGCCCCGCAUUGAGGGCCGCCCGGGAGCCUCCCUCUCGCCCCUGGAUUUUGAGGAGCUGGAGAGGGAGCUCCGGGCCAGGCAUGUGGACGAGAUCACGCCAGAGGACGUCAUGUCAGCCGCCAUGUAUCCCAAAGUCUUCGAUGACUUCAAGGACUUCACCGCUCAGUUUGGACCCGUUGAGUGCCUCAACACUCGCCUCUUCCUAGAGGGACCCAAAAUCGCCGAGAUGUUCCAGGUUGAGCUGGAGAGAGGGAAGACACUCCACAUUAAAGCCCUCGCGCUGGGAGACCUGAACAUGGCCGGGCAGAGGGAAGUGUUCUUUGAGAUGAACGGUCAGCUUCGCUCAGUGCUGGUCAAGGACACUCAGGCUAUGAAGGAGAUGCACUUCCACCCGAAGGCGCUGAAGGAUGUGAAGGGUCAGAUCGGGGCUCCGAUGCCAGGCAAGGUGCUGGAUAUUAAGGUGAAGGAGGGCAGCCGGAUUGAGAAGGGGAAGCAGCUGUGUGUGCUCAGUGCCAUGAAGAUGGAGACGGUGGUGAACUCCCCAAUGUCAGGCACCGUCAAGAAGAUCUACGUCACCCGCGACAUGCACCUCGAAGGCGAUGACCUCAUCCUGGAAAUCGAGUAGGCCCUGACCUCCCUGCCCUGACCCCUUCCCUCUCUGACCCCCUCCCCUGACCUCUGACCUCCCUGCCCUGACCCCUGCCCUCUCUGACCCCCCUGCUCUGCCCUCUGACCUCCCUGCCCUGACCCCUGCCCUCUCUGACACUCCCCCACCCUGACCCCUGACCUCCCUGCCCUGACCCGUGUCCUCUCUGACCGCCCCUGUCCUGACCCCUGUCCUCUCUGACCUCCCCGCCCUGACCUCUGACCUCCCUGCCCUGACCCCUGCCCUCUCUCACCCCUCUGCCGUGGUCCCCUUGCUGUUUCAUGCCCCCAACUGCCCAGCCCGACCCCAUUCUAUACAUUUGCACCCCCCACCCACCCUCACCCCACACUCAGCUCUCCUACUGUUCCUUGCCAACUCCUGUGUUCAGACCGUGAACAGGCCGACACUGUACAGUGUCUCUGUCGAACAGACCAACUCACAACAAGCAAUGACCCACUUGUCCUCCGUUCCAAACUGCAGGCACUAACGGGCGUUAGAACGGGACCCCCUCCCCGUCCCAUGUCGAGGUUUUUAUAGGAAUCACGUAUCCCCCACCCCUGCCAUUUUCAUACAGCUCCCCCACCUCACUUCUCCCUGAGUCUGACACCCACGUACAGAACCCGAAGCAAAGUAUCAGGAGGCCGACGUAAUUUCGAGUCUGUUCGUUCACAAGGCGUGGGCAUCGCUGGCUGGGCCCAGCUCUUAUCGCCCCGUCCCUAAUUGCCCCCCCCCUUGAAAAGGUGGGGAUGAGCCGCCAUCUUGAAUGGCUGCAGCCCACGUGCUGUGGGUAGACCCACAAUGCCCUGAGGGAGGGAAUUCCAGGAUUCUGACCCAGCGACAGUGAAGAAACGGCCGUUAUAUUCCCAAGGGGCUCAGAGGGGAACUUUCAGAGGGUGGGGGGGGGGGGGGGGGCUGGUGUUCCCAUGUACCUGCUGUCCCCUGGUCCUUCCCAAUGGAAGUGGCCGUGGGUUUGGAAGGUGCUGCCUGAGGAUCUUUGGUGAAUUUCUGCGGGACGUCGUGUAGCUGGGACACAACUGAGCGUCGGUGAGGGGGAGGGAGGGGAUGUUUCUGGAUGUGGUGCCAAUCCAGUGGGGAGCAGCUUUGUUCUAAUUAUGAGUCCAUUCACUGGCAGCAGAAAGAUUUUGGAGCCCAGAUACUCGGUUUUUGAAGAUUAAGAUUGUGCACUGGUGGAUCUGGAGCCCCCCUCCCCAACCCUCCCGUGAAUGAGGGAGCUGGACGUGCUGAUUCAACCCAGAACCCCAGACCCUGUUCAGGAAGGUCAUCGUUGCUCCCAGCUCGACAUGAAUCCCAACACAGGCCCCGCUGUCUGGGGACAGGCCCUGGCUGUGAGGAAAAAGCCCUUCGUUCUGAGUCUAAUCAGGCUCCAGAUUCCACCCCACCCCAGGGCAGGACAGAGCUGUGGGAGGGGCAAGGGGGAGGUUUGGACGGGACGUGAUGACCUCAAAGAGCUUACCCCCACCCCUACUCAGCUCCCUGACCCUGACCUUUGACAUUGCUCGGAGGAUCAGGCAGCAGACGGGAUCUGUGCGGGAUCCAGUGAUGACCAAUCCUGUGCGGUCCUAUCCCACUCCUUAUUGGUCUGGUCACUGACUGUCCACUCUGCCUGACCAAUUUCCCAUCAUGCCUCAUUGGUGCAGUGAGAGGGGGUGUGCUUCCUCCUGGGAUGACCAAUCCCAGACUGCCCAGGUACCCCACUCUCUCUCGGAUCGACACUGGAUGGACACUGGUCACUCUGGGAGUGGCUGGUCACUCUCCAGGUGGACACUAGUCACUCUGGGAGUGGCUGGUCACUCUCUAAAUGGACAAUGGUCACUCUGGGAAUGACUGGUCACAUUCUAGAUAGGUAACAGCCUCUCUGGGAGUGGCUGGUCACUCUCUAUAUGGACACUGGUGACUGUGGGAGUGGCUGGUCACUCUCUAGAUGGACAGAGGUCAUUCUCAGAGUGGCUGGUUACUCUCUGGAUGGACACUGGUGACUGUGGGAGUGGCUGGUCACUCUCUAGAUGGACAGUGGUCAUUCUCGGAGUGGCUGGUUACUCUCUGGAUGGACACUGGUGCCUGUGGGAGUGGGCCGAAGGGGGGAUGGGUAAGGGAGGUGGUUGGAGUAGGAGGAGAAUGGCAGCAAGUCUGACCAUCUCCUGAAUAUUGACCAGAUGACCUCCCCCACCCCCACCCCCCCCCCCCCCCCCCCCACCCUUCCCUUCCUGCAAAACCCUCCGGACCCCGCCUGAAGGAGGCCGAACCCUGUCCAGUCACGGCUCCGGAAGCUCCGUCGGGAAUUCUGCGGGGGAGUGGAGCAACCAAUCCCGGCCGGAGAUCCCUCCUCCUCCCGGGUCAGCUCUCACACACCUCGGCCGUGUGAACGGGGUGGGGGGUCACUCCCCUGGCAGCGUCAUGUCUCCCCGCCCUCUCUGGAGCAGGAGAGGGAAUUGGCCCCCGUUCAGUGGGACAGGGCAAUGCGGACUCGGAAACCGACCGGUGAUUGUUAACCUCCCCGCUCUGGGGUCACGACCCCGUGGAACAUGUGCCUGCUCCGUCAAUGCCCUGAUGACUGAACCUUGGCAAACGCCUGGGGGGCUAUCGCUGCAGGGCUCGGCCCCCCCACUUCCGUGCCCACCUGAACUUCAGGUUCCCACCCGUUGUACGUUGGAAACCGAAAAUGUUUUAAUAAUAAUAAAUG